AUGGAGGUUCAGGAUGAACCAGAGCUCUGUUUCCCACAGCUCCUCAACACCUCCUGCAGGAAGCCCCUGACUUCUGCAACUGAAAUCCUUGUGAUCGAUGUUCUACUCAGCGUCGUCUCUGUGCUCGCUGUGAUUCUAAACCUGCUGGUCAUCAUCUCAAUCUCCCAUUUCAGACAGCUCCACACUCCCACCAACCUCCUCCUCCUCUCUCUGGCCGUCUCUGAUAUCCUUGCGGGUCUUGUUCUUAUGCUGACAGAAACAUAUCGAAGCAAAGGCUGCUGGUUAUAUGGUGAACUCGUGUGUUUCCUGUUUCAUUAUGUGAGCUUCAUCCUCUCCUCUUCAUCAGUCGGAAACAUGGUGCUCAUCUCAAUCGACCGUUAUGUUGCUAUCUGUGACCCUCUGCAUUACACUAAUAAGAUCACAAUGAAAAGAGCUACAGUCUGUAUUUGUCUGUGUUGGCUUUUAUCUGUUAUCUACAAUGGUAUUAUUUUAAAAGACAGUUUGAAUCAUCAUCAGAGAUCUAGUUCCUGUGUUGGAGAGUGUGCGCUCAACAUAGACUUUUUUGGAGGUGCAGUUGAUGUUGUGCUAACAUUUAUUCUUCCCAUUACUGUUAUCAUCGUUCUGUAUAUGAGAGUGUUUGUGGUGGCGGUGUCUCAGGCUCGUGCCAUGCGUUCUCACCUUUCAGCCGUCAGAAUUCACCUCGCAGCAAAUGUAACUUGCAAGAAAUCGGAGCUGAAAGCAGCUCGGACUCUUGGGGUUGUUGUGUUCGUCUUCCUUGUGUGUUUCUGUCCAUAUUAUUGUGUUUCAAUUUCAGGAGACGGUUCACUUAAUUAUAUGAUUCAACAUUCAUCUAUAGCAUUUGCUAUCUAUUUUGUGUACUUAAACUCCUGUUUAAACCCUUUGAUCUAUGCCUUAUUCUACUCCUGGUUUAGAAAAGCCGUUAAACUCAUUGUCACUCUGCAGAUUCUGCAGCCAAACUCCUCUGAGACCAACAUGCUGUAG